UUUAGAAUAACAACAAGAGUUUUUGUUCUUCUUUUCCAAUAUUACCCCUCCCAGUGCCUCCCUCUCGUUUUCUUGAUUUUGGGGUAAAAAAUUGAUCCUUUUCUUCUAUGGUAUGAAGUGGAUGAUGCCUUGAAUUGCAACGAUAUCUCACCGUCCUCCACUCUCAGAUCGUCGCAGUUUUCUAUCUCGACCCGUUUGUAUUUUCCGGAGACCCGAAAUCCGACCCGGAGGUUGAAACGAUGUUUCUCGUGGAUUGGUUCUACGGCGUUCUUGCUUCCCUCGGUCUAUGGCAGAAAGAGGCUAAGAUCUUGUUUCUCGGCCUCGAUAAUGCCGGUAAAACCACACUGCUUCACAUGUUGAAAGACGAGAGAUUGGUUCAACAUCAGCCAACUCAGUAUCCCACAUCUGAGGAACUUAGUAUUGGGAAAAUUAAGUUUAAAGCUUUUGACUUGGGUGGCCAUCAAAUUGCUCGCCGAGUCUGGAAAGAUUACUAUGCUAAGGUGGAUGCUGUGGUUUACCUUGUAGAUGCCUAUGAUAAAGAGAGGUUUGCAGAAUCGAAGAAGGAACUCGAUGCGCUGCUUUCAGACGAGGCCCUUGCUAAUGUCCCGUUUCUUAUCCUAGGAAACAAGAUUGAUAUACCAUACGCUGCCUCGGAGGAUGAAUUACGUUACCAUCUCGGCCUCACAAACUUUACCACAGGCAAGGGGAAGGUAAACCUAGCAGACUCGAAUGUCCGUCCACUAGAAGUAUUUAUGUGCAGCAUAGUCCGCAAAAUGGGAUAUGGGGACGGCUUUAAGUGGAUGUCUCAGUAUAUCAAGUAGGGUAAUGGCAAGAAAGAUGCAUUAAGACGAUCUCAGACUUCCAAGCCCCAAUUUCAGGUAUAAAAAACUGUAUUCUUUUAAACUGUUUGAGCUGACCCCUAAGUGGGUUUUAAAUUUGGUUCUAUUUGGUGUUGGAUGUAAAUAGGAAGGGAGGUUAUAUUCUCACUGUGGCAGCUUAUCUCUGGCACUGUAGUUGUCUCAAUGAACUUCCAUAUCUUCUUACUAUAAUGAGUUUGUUUUCCCUAGAAA